UGCAUCUGCCGCCUCUCGAGUCAGGUACAUGCGAUACGUUGUAUGUCUUCGGCCUGGAUUAGGCAGUAAUUUAAUGGCGAGAGUAAAUUCGAUGGUAAAAUAACAUCAGUGUUGAGAGAAAAAAAGUGUCAUGGAUGAAAACAUUUGUCGGUAGGGAAGUUGACAACAGGGUUGGGGGUUUGAGCCAUCAAGCUCUGCGCCAGCUGCCACUUAGGUCCUGCCAGCUGUCACAGCUGCGACAGCCGUGCGCUGGUCAAUACGGCGACUCUCGCCUGAGCUCAUGUUCCGCGCAACUUUACCGUUGCUUCCUUCAUCGCCAUUUAUUUAUAUGGACGCCUAUAGAAAUGGGAUCUAAUCAGAUCGAGAGGCCGUUAGCAUUGACAAGGAUAAGGUUCCACAGCGGAGGUCCGCGCGUUGCAUUCGACUCGAUUGGAAGCUCGCAUAGGAUACGGCAAACAUCCGAGUACCACGCAAGCUAUUGGUAUUAGCAAGCACAUCAUUCGUCCAAUCGUGUUUGUAAAUACCGGUUUCGGAAAUAUAGAAUUAUGGAUCACUCGCUUCUGGGGUCGUGACCAUCACGCAGACGUCUCCAUCGCGAUUCCGCGGAUACCGACACUGUCUCUGUGUGGCCGGGAGUCGGCAUUUUUGGUCCUUACGAUAGGGCGUAUUUACACCGGGUUAUUAACAUGCCAUGUUGGUUGCUAAUUGCAAUCGAUUGCGAAUAGGAAUGUCUAUAAAAACCCUGGUCUCGGCUAUCUGCCAAGCAUUUGCAUCUCAACGCCAAACCCAACCUACUGCAACAUCUCUCCGACACUUUGCUAAACACGUACAAAAUGCCACGCUACGAGCUCGAGUACCCCAAAGAUGCCACCAACCUCGUCAAGCGAGACGGCGAUAGAGGCGUCUACUCCUUACGAAGAAUCCAUGAGCUCGUCAAUGCAAGCCAUUUCCUUCAUGUGUCUUUAAAUAUUCCCGGUUUACCUUUCCCUGCUUGCCUGCCUAUGAUUGGACAAAUGGGAUCCUUUGAGCGGCCAAGCGCGGAUCUCGGCGACCCUCUGGAUCUCUACAUUCACGGCUAUGCGACAAGCCGUCUUUUCAGAACAGGGCGUGAAGGUGGCACAGAAGGUGUUCCAGUCUGUGUAUCCACUACACAUCUUGAUGGCCUGGUUCUCUCACUUUCUGCAUUUAACUCUAGCUACAACUAUCGUUCGGUCGUUCUCUUUGGCCAUGCAACCAUAGUUGAAGACCCAGAGGAGAAGCUCUUCGCUUUGGAGCUCAUCACAAACUCCGUGGUUCCGGGUCGCUGGAAGCAGAGCAGACAGCCCCCGACGAAUGCCGAGCUACAAAGCACUGGCGUCCUACGUGUCAGGAUUGCGUCUGGUAGCCUCAAGUACCGAACUGGUGGUGUUGAAGAUGACAAGCACGAUCUAGAAAAUGAGGACGAAUUAAACAGCAUCUGGACUGGAGUAGUACCUGUACAUCAGGUGUUUGGAGAUGCGUUGCCAUCUUCAUAUAACCGUCUUGAAACGCCCGCCUACAUUUCCGAGUACACCAGGGAGUUGACGACCGGCAAUGAAACAUAUGCACAAACCAAUGCAAAGGAGAUCUAGAAGACUAUAUGUGGGACGAAGUACACCGAGGAAACAUUAAGAAUGCAUUCUUUCGAUUUAAUUGAAUGAAGAAGCCAAUUUUCUACACAUUUACCAGACGCUAGUACUUCAAUUGCUCAAUAAUGUCAGGCCGAUUCAAAAAGGCGCAUCGCUCCUUGAGCUUCUGCACUUUUAUCGCAUCGCGUUUCUUGCAGCUCGCAGUAGCAUAUAAACCUUCCACAGGGCCACCAGCGACAUAAAUUCGCGUCUUGUCGUGUUUGUAUGCCGUCUCAAACCCUUCAAAAGUCUUGCGACCAGGUAAACUGAGCUGACCAGUACUAGCAAAACCAGACCAAGAACGAGACGCCUUAUCUUGGAGAUCAUAAUCAGAUUGCGUGGGAUUGAAGGCCAGCCCGCUAGUAUUGUAUGCGGAGAUGUUGCCAAACACGUAACCCAGCUCACUGGUGUGGACGACACCACGGCCAGGUUGACCCCUCGAGUCGAGCAUGGGACCAAGCAUCGUCUGGUUCCAAUCAUAAAGGAAGACAUCAUUUCCUGUGGACGCCAUGUGCUGAGCAAAGUACAUGGGCUGACAAACCAUGAGGAUGUCUCGCAAAAUCUGGGCUGAGCGGUAAAACUCGGCAGACAGCCCAGCGGCCUUGUUUGCGUGGAAGUCCAACUCGGGGUAUAGUGACAACAGAUGUUUGACGUUCUCUGGGCUCAUGUCGCGCGCGUAGUCUUGCACAGUCUUUUUCGUAUCCUUGGAUGUUUGCACCCCCGGGUCGAUGAAUCGAGCGAGAUCGUUUUCGCACCAACCCAUCAUGGUCGUGACUUGGGCAUACUUGCUUUGCUUGAUAAGCUCUGACGGCGCGUCAGGCAAGAAAUCACCAUCUACAGAUGGCAGCCAAAUGUCGCCAAAGUUGGAUGUAUCGUCAUAUGUCUCUAGAGAGGAGUUGAAGAGCUGUUGAGUCGUAAGGGAGCGAAGACAUUCGAUUGACGAGGACGUAUGGAUGUCGGUAGAACAAUUCGCGUGUUGCGCUACCGCAGUCAUCGCUUUGAAUGUGUAAUUUCCAGUGAUUCCGGGCUCCAGUGCUUGACUCUGGCAAAUCGCCUGGUGAAAUGGGAAUGGUUUGGAGCCACCGUACGCAAGAAGCUGCAUGCCAACGGAAAGGC